CAAAAAAAUUGUGUUUUAAAAUUGUAAAUAUUGACUUGUAAGAAUCUAUUCGAAGAGUAGAGUGAAACGAAACGUAGAAGUGAAUGUACCCAUCAGCAAAUGAAUGACAAAUUAAAAAGUUUUAUUUUUCUUAUAUUGGUACGAGAUUUUAUUGAUUGUUUUCUUUCAAGAUUUUCGGCCAGACGGCGACUGAAAUUGCAAGUUACUGUGAUAUAUUUAUUUUCAAUAAUUAACUAUUCUUGUCAAACCAAUUAAAUGAGCAGGGAUAUCGAGUUAUGUCUAUAAGUAAUGGAAGGUACAGAACUGGGUGGCGACCAGCAAUUCUGUUUGAGAUGGAACAAUUUUCAAGCAAAUAUAACUUCUCAAUUCGAGGCACUGCGCGAUGAUGAGGACUUCGUGGAUGUCACCCUGGCAUGUGAAGGACACAGGCUGGAGGCCCACAAAGUGGUUCUCUCUGCGUGUAGUCCUUAUUUCAAGGAAUUAUUUAAAAACAAUCCAUGUGCUCACCCUAUAAUAUUCAUGCGGGACUGCGAGGUGUCACACGUGCGCGCGCUGCUGCAGUUUAUGUACGCAGGCCAGGUGAACAUCGCGCAGGCGCAGCUCAGCGCCUUCCUGCGCACCGCCGACGCGCUGCAGAUCCGCGGCCUCACAGAUUGCUCACAACACAACGAUAAAAAAGUCAAUCGAAAGUCUCCCCCUUCCCAAUUACGUAAUUUGCUCAGCGCCAAGCCGUCACAUUCUACCUCCUCCUCCAAAGCCGUAAACCAAAACGUCGAACCGAACGCUGCCGAAGAUCACGAGAAGAGCGCUAGUCGUCGUUCUGCGAGAAAUUCUCCCGAUGUUGCCAGAAAUAAUCUCAGCGAAGAAGCUCCCUUCCAAAUUUCUAGUCAAAUGAGGCCUAAUAAUAAUGAAUAUAGCGAACCUUGCACCUACCCUACGUUAAGGGUGAAAACUGAUCUCGAAGCACCAGAGCUGAACAAUGAUGAAAAUGAUAUUUUAAUGGAUUCCGGCGAUCCGGAGAAAAUAGAAAAAUGCGGACAAGAUUUUACCGCAUCUGACCUUUUGGAACCAAAAAUGGAAAUGAUGGAACAGGAAGCCAGCGACGAGGAACGGUCUGGUUACCAACAGGUUUAUUACAACGAGAACAAUGCGCUAGCCAACCCGUUUGCAACACUGCCAGGUAACGUGGAUCUCAUGGGCGGACUGAGUACGGAGCUCCGGGACGAGAAAGCGGAAGCGGGCGGCGCGGGCGCGGGCGCGGGCGCAGGCGUGCGGUGCGCGCAGUGCGGACGGCGGUACAGCAACGCGUCCAACCUGCGACAGCACGUGCGGCUCAUCCACGAGGCGCAGCCGGCGGUGUGCGACACCUGCGGACGCUCCUUCAAGACGCCGCUCUACCUGCGCCGGCACACGCUGGCGCAGCACCCCGCCUGCCUCAAGCCGGCGCCGCCGCCGCUGCCCGCGCUGCGGCCUGCGAUCCACUACCGACAGUAGCGCACGCGCUCUCUUACCCCGAUAUUAAAAAGAAGACCGUGCACGGGACCAGCGCCACGUUCCCCUCGACAACGAUUACAUCGCGCUCAUAUCAUUUUGUAGUUUUAAAACCAUAUUCUGUGGUCUCUCUUCGAGCUAUUCCACUUCUAGCAGUUAUCUCAUCUCAGGCUCCGAGAAAUAGCAUGCAGAAAUGUCAUGCUUCUUGAGCUUUCAGCCCAUCAAAGAGCACGAUUUAUAACUUGUGAUUUGUACAUGAAACCGUUUUUUCAGGCAGGAUACUCAUUCUUUGCAAUUGUUAGUUUUUACUUAAUGAUCGUUGCGCUGGUCCAUUUUAUAGUCUUCAACGAGGGGUACAAUAGUGUAUCAAUUAUAGUUUCUCCACUUUUUACGUUAUAUUAUUGAAGUUGCAUUUAUGAAAGUCAUCGAUGCGGAAAGUGCGUAUUCUAUUGUUCCUCGUCGUUGGGUCGCACUGCGAUGACGUGGCUCAUAGCGAGGCGUCAUAAAGAAGACUGUCAGUAGAUGUAUCUAGUCUGUGAUCGGAGUGUCGCCGGGGGCCUUUCUGCCGUCACCUCUCCGCUUAUUGCGUGCCUUUCAAUAAUUAUACCGAGUGCCAGACAUACGUUGCCUUAACGAGUCCCAUUUGGUUCGAUACUAUAAGUGACCUUUAAUUUUCUUUGUCAACUGUUAAUUACUAGUUUUAUUAAAAAAAUGUAUACACCAUGCAACAGUGUAUGAAAAUGAGGCGAUGAACUCAGCCCCCUUAGUCACGCCGCGUCAUUUUAUUUGUAGAUUUGUGUGACUAACUGGGACUCGUUAAGGGAAACGCUUAAGUACCUUCCUUUCUGACAAUAGACUGAUCGUUGUUAAAGCAUUUGUUGCAACCGGUGCUGAUUUAUCAUAGGUUAUUUACAGGUUACAUAUUAUACACACAUACCUACAUUAUACACGUUAUCCAUAAGUUCGAAACUUUCUGUCGCGUUCCAAGCAAAUGCGUAUUUUCAUAUAUAGAGUAUAAUUUUUUUUUUGUACCGAAAUCGCGACGGAAAGUGUCGAACUCCUCCGUUUUUGUGUCGGUCUCGCGAAGUUACAUAAACUCGUGAAGAACGACAUGUACAAUAGUGAUAUUUUUUAUACACAAUAGUUUAUCUUUACACAGUGUUAUAUUGUUGUGUGAUUGGACGGCUCCCGGUUAUUAGUUUGUACAAAUUUCAGACGUAAAGGUUUUAAUGUUAAAUGUCUUCAGAUUCACGGAACGAUGAGAAUAAUAGUUGUUACGAUGUUUAUAGUGUUAAACUUGCCAUAGCUAUUGAUUAACCCAGUGACUAAAACACUGGAUACAGACUAUAUAUUAGCGUGUAAGGGACUUUGUAUUUUUUAAACGUUAGAGCACCUGAUUUGUUUAUAAUAAGAAUUUCAGUUAUAGCAGUUGGGGGGCUAAAUAAAAAUAUUGCUUUAGGAAGAAUAUAAACAAGUUUGCCAUGGAAUAGAAAACAUCUAGUCAUUUUAAAAGGAACGGAAUUUUGUAGGGUCACGAUGUCGGAAGUGUGGAUUAGGGUUGUGAAUUACAAUGUUUUAUAUUUUAUUCUUUAUUCCGUAAUAAUAUAAAUUUUACCAAAUUA